GCAUUGUCAGUGAUGCUUUGAUGCACUUACAUACGUUCAAAUCACGUGUCGAAGUUUGAACAUACCAAUAUGAGCUUAAAUUUGAUCGCGGCAGCCUGUGAAGGGAUGGGAAUUGGUGUAAAAGGAACUUUACCGUGGAAGCUUAAAAGCGAAAUGGCAUUUUUUACGUCUAUGACUACGAAAACGAAGGAUCCAAAUAAAAAGAAUGUUGUUCUUAUGGGGCGAAGGACGUGGGAAUGUAUACCGAGCAAAUAUAGGCCGCUACAAAAUCGAAUAAACAUAGUAUUAACGUCGAAAAACUUGGACUACGGAAACGAGGUAAUCGCAUGCAAAAGUAUUCCACACGCUCUCGAAACUAUUUCGAAAGAAUCACUGAAGGAUCAAGUUGAAAGUAUAUGGGUAAUAGGAGGGAGUUCCGUGUAUAAGGCUGCAAUGGAGUCUCCUAACUUUUCUCGGUUAUACUUGACCAGAAUAAAAAAACACUUCGAUUGUGAUACUUUUUUCCCAACUAUCCCUAAUAAUUUUGUUUUGGUUCAUGAUCCAACUAUUCCUCAAGGUAUUCAGGAAGAAAACGGUAUACAGUUUGUGUACGAAGUGUAUCAAAAGGAAUAAAUCAAUACUUGUUUUGUAAAGGUUAA